CUUGUCCACAUUAGCUUUGUUGUUUACUGGUUUGUCCCAUUGGAUAAAAACACAAGAAUAAUAACCUGAACCCAUUUCUCUUUCGUCUCUUCCUUUCUCUCUCAUCAUCUCUGCAACUCUGAAACAGAGCACAUCUCGAUUCGACACCUGUUCACUCCUCUCCAAGAAAGCGAUAGCUCCAAUGACGUUUUGAGAUUCGAUACGCCAGCCCAUUUGCCCAAUCUCUCUCUAAACACUCCCACCACCACUCCCUCUCUCUAGGCCAUGGUGGUGUUGCUUCUCUCGCAGAACACAACCACCCAUCACCGCCAUCAAUGGCGUCGCUAACACCCGGCGUCUUAUCCAAGCUGCUGCAGAAUGUGGACAACAGAGAUGUCAGAGUUGCCGGAGAGCACCGAUCGGCGCUCUUGCAGGUCAUCGGAAUCGUCCCCUCUCUCGGCGACGAUCCCUGGCAGAGCAGAGGCUUCUUCUUGAGAGUCUCCGAUUCGGUGCAUUCGGCUUACGUUUCCAUCUCUGACGGAGACUCCGAUUUGAUACUGAGUGACAAGAUCCAACUCGGCCAGUUCAUUCACGUGACUCGGCUCGACUCGGGCUCCCCUGUUCCGGUGCUUUGCGGCGUAAAGCCGGUGCCGAGGAGGCGACCCUGCGUCGGGAAUCCACAGGAUCUGAUUUCUAGCGAUUCGCUGCCGAUUCGGACUCGGGUCGAUUUUUCGAAGAAAGGGUUUAAGGGUGUGAAGAGAGUGGAGUCCAAAGCGAUGACGAAGACGAAGAGAUUGGUGAGUGAGGAGACAAAGUUGAGACGGCUUUCUUUGGGAAAUGCAAAGGUUGAAGGGUCCGAAUCGAGAAGAUUGAGUUUUGAUUCGGCUCGGAAGGGAUGGGAUCGGAGUCCCGGGAAUAAGAACCCUAUAUCCCGUUUCAAAUCUAAGAACACUUCAACUUCUUCAGAUUCUACUUCUAUUUUAUCUGAUAAGAAGGCUUCUCCUGAGAACUUAGGGAAAAAAAAGGUUUCUCCUGAGAAGGGCUUGACAUUGAAACACCCAAAUCUGAGCAUUUCACCACUUAAAAGCAAGAACAGUACUGAAUCACAUAAAUUGAAACACCCAAGUCUGAUCAUUUCACCACUUAAAAACAAGAACAGUGCUGAAUCAAAUAAAUUGAAACACCCAAGUCUGCUCAUUUCACCACUUAAAAACAAGAACACUACUGAAUCACAUAAAUUAAUAAGCAAACCUUUGAAAAAAGAUUCAUCGCUUGAUGGCGCUAUUCCAAGCCGUCUUAACAAGGUGCCCCUCAGUUUUAAAACUUGGUCUGACCGGAAGAUAUCUUGGGAUUUGCUUCCACCUACCAUUCAAGAUCUUGGAAAGGAAGCCACCUGUCAGAGAAAUGUUGCAUUUCUUGCUGCUGUACGUGCAGUAGAGGAAGCAUCAGCUACAGAGGGUGUCAUUCGAUGCAUGAGCAUUUUUGCGGAUAUGUUCGAGUUGUCCCAAAAAGAUUCUGCAGGACCACUAGUCGAACAAUUUUUGAACUUUCAUCAAAGUAUGCAGAAAGCAGCAGCUCUAGUUGAUACCUUGCUCAGCACAAGGUUUUCUGAAGUGAAUUGCCGCACCUAUUGUAGCUCAAAGGGUCCAUUGCCAGAAGUGUGUAAAAAUUUGACAAAUAAGAAUGCCGCAUCUUGGAUUCAAGCUGCUGUUGAGACUGAUCUUUCCAAAUUCAGUUUGUUCACAAAGGAAGAAAAGAGGGAUGUUUUAAAUGGUGAAAAAAGCCACUAUGUUGUCUUAGAGAACACCCCAAAGAAAAUAGAGUCGGAGAACCAUUCACCUCAAAACAAGAUAAGCCCUAGAAUACAUCGUGGCAUUGCAUCAAAUUUAAGUGCAAAGGGGUUGUCUUCUCAUUCCAGGCAGCAUCUUGCCACCACAAAGAAAACAAAUAUUGAAAGCGAAGAGUGGUCUGAGGGAAAUGGCUUAAAACAAGCGGCAAGUUUGGCAGAAAAACUGCUCUCUAUAUCUCAUGCAUGGUUCUUGAAAUAUUUGGAAGAUUCAUUAAACAAGGGAUUUGGGUUGAGUAGAGGGGAAGGAGGGUCUGAAGUUGCUGGUCUUCUUGGGCAGCUUAAAAGGGUUAAUCAGUGGUUAGAUGACUCAGUUGGGGAUGGAUGUGGGACUGAUGAAAGGAUAGAAGGCUUACGAAAGAAAUUAUACGAAUUCCUACUCGAGCAUGUUAAUGCUGCCAUUGUUGCUAGUAAGUAGUAUGGUGAGUAACAAACUAACAGAACAUUUGGCAACGCAUACUUUACUGAUCCAUUUCAGGUUUGGGUUUAAAUUGGUAUACAUACUAUUAGGGUGCUAGUUUGUUGUCCAGAAGUUACCUCUAAAGAUCAUUUAACUGUUCUGAUUCUCCAACGGUUUUAACUUUAACUGAACGAUGGUAUAGAAAAAAUUGAUUCCGACUUGUCUGCCAACUAUUAUUCGAAUGUAUAGUUGAAAUUUAGUUGGUUCCAUGUUCUCUUCAAAUGCUCUGAAUGUUGGUUUUUUUAGUGUAAUGUUCUUAGUUUAAAAUCUCUAUUGCAUCUAUAUAUUAAACAGAUGAAAAUGUGAAUUAGCAAAGCGCUUGUUUUUC